CAUAGGGCAAGGGUUGACAAAGAAACAAAAACGCAGAUCAUGUUGCUUCAUUGUAAACUGGCCCAGAUAAAUUUAAGUACAAUGACCUUGCUUAGUUUUGAUGUAAAUGCUCACCCAGUGCAUAGCCCUCUACACUACUAAGUACUGUCCACUCUGUAAAGUUUCCAGUUCUAGGAAAUGCAUUUACUGGUAUCUAUAUUUACAUGCAAUAUGUUCUAUAUUGCGGGCCCUUUGUAGCAGAGCACUGAUAUAAGUUGCUUUAAAUGUUUGAUGGAAAAGCAGCAAUACAACCUUUUUACUUAACUGGAUUACUCUGCUCCCCAGUUACCUCAUCCAGUGUAAGGACAGUGCAGAAAGGUGUAACUAAACUUCACUUACUGGAGAGCCUUUAAUUAUUCGUUGGAAUUCUUUGCAAAUGGAGAGAAUGGAAUUGCCCUUAUUUUCUAUGUGUUUCAUGAGACAGUACUAGUCUUCAGAAUAUACAUUGUCCUUUACAAUAUAGCUUUUCAGUCUGUGGUUUCAUCCUCUGUGCCCUUCAGAGAUCCUGGGGAAUUGCUGUUCUCAAGAGAUGGCAACCAUACAUUGAUCAAUUAAAUGGGAAAAUAAGACAAUUUAAUCUCUUUGAUGAAAUAUCUUAAAUAUGGAACAGUAGGACAACACAGCACUAAAGUUAAGCAUUACAGUAUAUGAUGUUUAGAUUUCUCUCCCUGUGUUUUUUUUCUGUUUUGUUUUUGUUUUUUAAUCCCUAUUUAAAUUUUAUUUAAAAAAAAAAACAGCUGGCUGCAGCAUAAUUAAUAUUCUUGAUGUAAGCUUUAUUUACAAUGCAUAGAUUUGGAAAGAGAUUUGGGGGAUUUUUGAAUGUUUAUUUUCAAGCUUCUAUCUUGUACCUACACGUAUUUAUAUCACAGUCUGGCAGCUGAAGAAUGUUUGUUGUAAUGUCCCUUUUUGUCAUGGAAUAAAUUCCAAACCCGCUCACCAGACUAGAAUAUGAAAACCAAAAAUAACUUUAUUAGCUGUCAGGACAAAGCAAAAUAAAUAUUUUUUAACAACCUAAACCUGCAUGAUAGCUUGAAAAGAGGCCCUAAAGCCUUUAAAAUAAACACACAAAAUACUGUACUCAUAAAGUUUAAAUUGAGUUAGUUUCCAGAGGGAUAUUGAAGUAGCUGUCCUGUAAAAAGCCCUUGUAUUAACUCCCCUUUGCUUUUGUCAAGCACAAGGUAUCCAUUGUUUCUCUCACUGAUUAAAUAAAUGUCAUAUCCCACGAGGGAUUAUUAUACAGUGCACACUUGACAUGCAGCACAAUGUAGAAUUUUAUUACAUCCCUUUUAAAAACAAGCACUUGUCAUUGUUUCAAGGUAUGUUUUGUUUUAUCUAGUUAUGCAACUGAGUGCUGUAUUCACUGUGUCCAUGGGCGUGAAGAUGAUAAGAGGAAAAUGUUUAAUGAAGAGACUGGAAGAGGAGAUUAAGUUUAACACCUACAUGGGGACUGACAAACUCCCCAAAGAGCUGGAGAGCAAGACAAGUGCUGUGCAGUACCUGCAAAAGGUGGUGUUGGAGCCAGCCAUGGGGCAUGCAGAAAUAGGCGAGCUCGAGGACAAGAUCCGUGAAAUUAACAUUACGAUUAACCAACUGAUAGAAAAACGAAUGAUGAGGAAUGACCCGAUGGAUGAUAAACUUUCUCUUUUUAGACAACAGGCAUCCAUCAUUGCGCGCAAGAAGGAAGCUAAGGCAGAGGAGCUGCAGGAGGCGCGGGAGGAGAUGGCCAGCAUGGACAAGGUGCUGACGGAGAAAUCCAGCAGGGUGCGCGACCUCGACAGCAAUGAAGUGGUGCAAGGGGACGAGGUCAAAAGAUUAAUCAACAAGCUGCGGGGAAAGAAUGUGGUAUUCAAGAAGAAACGUCAGGUGCUAACUGAUCUAAAGAGGGAGUAUGGUAUCCUACAAAGGACAGAAGAGAUCCUGAAACAGCGGCAUGAAACUAUGCAGCAGCAACUGCAAUCCCUGGAGGUGAAGCAGGGUAUUUCUGGCUACAGUGACACCCAGGAGGAGCUGGAGAGAGUGUCUGCCAUUAAGAGUGAGCUGGAUGAAAUGAAGGGACGCACCCUGGAUGACAUGUCCGAAAUGGUAAAGAAACUAAAUUCUGUGAUUGCCGAAAAGAAAUCUGCUCUUGCUCCAGUUAUCAAAGAACUGAGGCCAUUGAGACAGAACUGCCAGGAAUUAACCCAGGAGUAUGAAGAAAAAAAAGCACAGUAUGACAGCUGUGCAGCAGGUCUGGAGAGCAACCGAUCCAAACUUGAGCAGGAGGUGCGAGGACUUCGAGAAGAAAAUGCUCAAGAGGAGAGCAGAUAUCAUUUAAUCAACUGUAUGAAACAGGUCAUUGAAAUGCAAAUGCAGAGAGCUUCUGAUGAAAUGAAGGCAUAUGUGUCUGCUGAUCUACAGGAAAGAAGAAAGGCUGUCAGGGAGCAGUAUACCAGGAACAUUCUCGAGCAAGAAAAUCUGGGCAAGAAACUGCGUGAGAAGCAAAAGGCUGUGCGGGAGAGCCACGGGCCCAACAUGAAGCAGAUGACAAUGUGGUGCGACCUUCAGCAGCUGAUGGAGUGCAAGAAACAGUGCUACCUGAAAGCACAGAACCAGGUGUCCAUCGGGCAGGUCAUUCAGGAGGGCGGGGAGGACAGGCUGGUCCUCUAGACCACCAGUGAACUGAACAAGCACUGGCAUUCUGGCAACUAACCAAAUACACCGAACGUGAAGCACAGCCUGGUUGGGUUUGCUUUUGUCAACUCGCCCCCACCGAUAACUUGUAGACACAAGUACCACAUUAAUUGCUGAUUUUGACCAAAAUUAAACGUGUGGCCUCAGAGGUGUUGACAAUAGAGGGUCCGGUAGUCUGAUAUAUGAUGUAUAUUUUAUAAUAAUAUUAUGAAUUGUAUGUGUAACGCUGUCAACCCUGAGACUGAUGUGCUUAUAACUCAGGCUUGUGUUGUGAAUGUUCAUAGUAAAAUAUUUAUAUAUGUUUCUUGUUGUUUUCAAUUAGAGUUAUAUUCCAUGCUACACAGUAUACCUGUAUUUUCUUUCUCUGUGCACCUAAAUACCUUCCUCUUUCCUUUGCCUGUUUGACCUUUAUUUAAUUGCAUACCAUAAUAUUUAAAAUACAUAUGUUUAAAUAGCCUUAAAUGUUGUUUCCCCCUCAACAGGACCAUAAUAUGGCAAUAUGUUACUGUUUUGUUGUACUUUAUUUAAGUGUAUUAUCGCCUAAAAAAUAUAACAAAAUUAAACAGAAGUUAUUAAUGUCUCCAUAUGUAAAGAAAGAAAAAAAAAAUUAACAGAUUUUUUUAUUAACAAGACCAGAUGCAGGAAGUUUUUGUGUAAGUUGAUUCAUUUCCUAUUGUGCAAGCAUUCAAGGAUUUUUUUUACCAUUCUCUCAAACACCAGAAAGCACAUGUGAAGAUAUGUAUCGCAAUGUUUUAAGUGAUGAUUAUUUCUUUAUCUGUGCUUUGCAUACCGAGCAAAUGUUCUGGUAGUUGGUAGAGACACCUGAUUUGAGAAGUUUUAGACUGUCAGGCAGUUGGUGUUGUCUCUGCCUUGGCAUGUCUGUGAAAUGAUUACGUAGUUUGGGGAAGGCUUAACGGCUAUCUAUAUAAAGGGGGUAAAUCUUAUUUGGGGAAAAAAAACAUAUUUAGUGGCAUUACUGCUGGAGCCACUGGCUGUUGGUAAAGGCAGUUAUUUCAUAUAGAAAGUCAAUUAGCAAAACAUUGCAAUCCCUGUGUAGGAAUAAAUAGACUGAAUGUUACCCCAUCAAAAGCAAGACUUGUUUUUUGUUAGCCCUCUUCAUGAAUGAGUUGAUUACAUUUAAUACACCUUUGCAGGUGGGUAGGUUUGGGUGUCUGCUCACUCACACUCUGCAAGGACCGGG